AUGGCCGGGACCUGGCUGCUGCUUCUCCUGGCCCUCGGAUGUCCAGCCCUGCCCACAGAUCUUGUUUCCUUCCCUUCCCCCCCAGUGGUAACCACCCUCCUGAGGCUGGCACGACCAGGUGUGGGGGGCACACCGUUCCCCUCUCUGGCCCCGCCAAUCACGCUGCUGGUGGACGGGAAGCAGCAGACACUGGUGGUCUGCCUGGUCCUCGAUGUUGCACCCCCAGGCUUUGGGGGCCCCAUCUGGUUCUCCGCUGGCAAUGGCAGCUCCCUGGACGCUUUCACCUAUGGCCCUUCCCCAGAGGCUGACGGCACCUGGACUAGCUUGGCCCAGCUCUCUCUGCCCUCCGAGGAGCUGGCAGCCUGGGAAAACUUGGUCUGCCACACAGGGCCCGAGGCUGGUGACCGCAGCCAGAGCACACGGCCCCUACAGCUGUCAGGAGACGCUUCCUCAGCCAGGACCUGCCUCUGGGAGCGUCUCAGGGGGACGCGGGGCCAGGCCCUGCGGCUGGGGGCGCUGCGGCUGCUGCUCUUCAAGCUGCUGCUGUUGGACGUGCUCCUGACCUGCAGCCACCUCCGCGCCCCGCCUUCCGCCCUGGGGGAUUCCGGGCUCCCCGCGCCCCCCACCUGCCCGCAGGCGCCCGGCGGUCUCCCGCAGCCUCCGCCCGCGGGCGGGCCCUCAGCCCCCGCCGCCUGGAUUGGCUGCUGUACUGGAGGGGCCACCGGCCCAGGGUUCACCGUGCACGCCCCGCUGGCCCCGCAGCCCCGCCGUUCUGGCCAGGAGCCCCCCCAGAGCUCAGGCUGGAAGGAGGGGACGCUCUCUACCCAUCCAGCUUGGGCCCGGUGCUCAUGAGCCUCCCCGAAAUUCCUUCCUUAAGGCUUGCAGUAUUUGUAUGUGACCUGCCUUCUCCUGCAGAUGGAAGUUUCUGGGGCAGGAAACUGUCUCCUGUCCCAGACUGAGGCCUUCUCAGGGAGGAGGGUGGUGUGCCACAGGUAUUGAGACAUUUGAGGGGCAGAGAACUGAGAACAAUUAAA